GAUUCCUGAGGUGACAAACCGUGUCAUUUACGGCUUCGGUAUCGACUGACAGAGCCCGCGAGAGGAUCCGCCGGGGGAGGAAGAGGAGAAGACGGGGGAAGAGGAGAUUCGCCGGAAUGGAGAAGCAGCAUCACCUUGACUCGACCAGGCUCAGUUGAAAGCUCAUCCUGAAUACCGGCGGUACCGCAAACCAUGGGUUCAGAAGCGUGGGAGCUGGAACGACGUUACUCGGUACCGGGAGCUCUGGACACCAGGGGAUUGGAGCCGCCAGCCAGCGAAGACUUGCACGCAUGGUCUAUUUAUAGGCAAAACUUGAAUUCCGACUUCACGGAUUCGGCGCUGGGAUCAGCGGAGAAAUCGCCCCUUCCUUAUGGAAAUUUUCAGCUACGGGACUCGACGGUGCAGAGCAUCUUGAGGCACCCUAGAUAUGGGCCGAAGAGUCCACUGGCCAGCAACUCCUACACCUAUUUGAAGUUUGGCCUGCCUAGAGUUCUGCCUCCCAGCGCGAGGAACCGCGAUGGCUCCAGCGGGUACGAUUCCAGCGAAGAAGGCCGUCGUAUGUCUCACGCUGGUACCUCUGCCCAUGGUACCUCCGCGAUGCGCUCCGCCAGAAGCGACCCCGACUUCAGACACGUCCACGCUGUACCUAGGGAACACGCGCACUCCCAGUUAACGGUUUCCAGAGACAAUCCGCGUUUGAGAAGCGCGAGCGAGGCCAAUCUCCUUCAGGGCGGUAUCAGAAACAACCGGAGGCACAGCAUAGCGCCCAUUGAUCCUGGAUACGGGGUUCAUGAACCUAGAGGACACGGUAUUCUGGGCCCGGAAAGCUACGCUUUGCCACUGAGACCCAUGCCGUGUCUUCAGCAUCCCCAUUUGCAGCUACGCGGGGUGGAAGCCUCCGGGUCCGAUGGAUUGCCCCUUCUUCGAGGAAUCACUCUUGAAGCUGGAGCCACCGAGGUUCUUGCUAUCAUGGCAACCACGGAAAAGGAGGGGAAGCAAAUCGUGGAAACUAUCGCCGGCAGGAAACGCAUCAAGCGAGGUGACAUUUUGCUCAACGGGAGAUCUGUGUCCUCGCGCUCUUUGAGGUCACGCGUUGCAUAUUUGUCAACGGAGAGCGGACUAAGUCCUGGUUUAACUGCCCAACAAACCCUCAGUUUCUAUAUGUUGCUACGUGGAGGCCCAAACACUUCCAAGCUGGAGGCUGAUGCGUUUCUGCAGGAACUUGGCCUGGAAGCUACUAAACAUUGUUUGGUGAAUUCAUUGACAACUUCGGAGGCUAGACGAUUGGCUUUGGCCUGCCGUCUGUUGCAAGAUUCCCACAUUCUUGCGUUGGACAGGCCUACGCAUGGCCUGGAUAUUUUCGAUGCUUUCUUUUUGGUGGAGUAUCUGAGGCAGUGGGCCAGCCGAGGUCAGAGACUCGUCGUUCUAACGCUGCAUCCACCGACCUAUGAGAUCCUGACGAUGGUCUCUAGGGUUGCGCUUACUUCCGGGGGCAGGAUCAUGUACUCUGGUCCCAGGAGGGAUAUGUUGCCAUAUUUUGCACUCGCAGAAUUUCCUUGUCCUCCUUUCAAGAACCCUUCCGAUUAUUAUCUCGACUUAGUGACCCUGGACGAUCUAUCGGCAGAAGCAAUGUUAGAAUCUUCGCAGAGGAUAGAUCAUUUAGCCGAAUUAGCGAGAACAAGGUUACCAGGGCUGUGCGAUCCUGGACCGCCUAGUGCACUUCCACCGACAAUUUCUAGCCCUAAUAUAUUCGUACAGAUCUACGCGUUGCUCUUAAGAACGCUGAUCUACAGCCAACUUUGGACAUUAACGAGACUUCUCCGGAAGAUCGUUGUCUCGGCGUCGCUCAGCAUUUUACUUGGUGCAAUAUUCUGGGACGUCGCUGGGGAUUCUAAUUUAUAUCUGAGAGAUAGAGUAGGUUUCCAUUACACCAGUCUGGGUAUUUUCUUUUGGCCCCUGUGCAUGAUAGCAAUUUGCGAAGUGGCCGACUGCAGACCAAACGUGGAGAGAGAUAUCAAAGACGGCUUGUACGGACGAUUUAUUUACAUUUUAAUGGAGCUCAUUUGUGGAGUAUUGUCUUGGUGCAUAGUUUACCUGAUCUAUUUGGCUCCAAGUUAUGCAAUGUCAGGCCUCCACCUUGUGCCAGAUGAGACUCUGACAUCCCUUUGGAGCUAUCUUGGCAUCGGCUUGCUAUACUUAAUACUACAACACUUAAUUUGUAUACUGUUUGCUCAUACUUGUAAGUGGACGUACUUGGCUUCUCUGUUCUCUGGGAUUGUAAUCGGGGAAAUGACAUUGGCUGGUGGUGUCUCACUGCAUUUGGAAAACUUACCAAGCUGGUAUCAAAAGAUCAGUCCAAUGCAGUGGUCUCUAUCUUUAUUACUGCCUCCGCUUCAUCAGUCUGAAGUCAUGAGCAAAUUGACCAACUGCAAGCCAAAACAAAUUCAGAGGCAAGACAUUAUUGUUCAAGCUGCUUGUGAACCACCCGAUGGUGCUCUGGCACUGUACGAAAUUGCUCUGGAUAAGUUUAACGUACGAGGAGAAUUAUGGUUGGGAAUAGGAAUAGCCAUUGUCAGUGUAUUGAUCGUGUUAGUAUUCUUGUGCAUUAGAUAUACUACUCCUAAAAGACUCAGAAGUGCACCAAACAAGCCAUAAAGUGCAGCAAUGUGGUUAAUCGAAAAAAUACAACUGUAUUUAAUCUACUGGAGUUUAAUACAAUGUCACAGUUUUUUAGAAAUAAUUAAAAGACUAACAAAGUAUCCCCUCGGCGUUGCAAUUGUAUAAGUACAAUAAUAAGUAUUAUUUAAUAGAAAUCCACUCAUUUGCUUCGCUAUAAAGCAUAUACUUUAAUACCGUGUCAUGCUCAUUGAUUUUUUCUCAAUUGUCUAUGUUGUUGCGACUUUCUAAAGUGAUCAGCUUUAGAGACUUGCAAAGUAGACUUAUGCAACAUAGUCCCAAAACUCAAUGAGCCGUUAUAUUGCAGCCUUUUUCGGAUGCUUUAACAAAAAAAUGCAAUACCAUAAUCCGUAUUUGUAAUGCUAUAAUAAAAUCAAUGGAAAAUGUUUUUACAAAAUAAA